AUGCAUUCCGGUUUGAAGCCAGAACAUGCAGACAAGCUAUCAGGCUUUUGGUAUUUGCCAAGUGGUGCUCAACGUGCGAAUUCUUACCAAAGCUUCAAACUGUGGAGUCACAUCGAUUCCGCUGCUGUAAUAGCUUGGAUCAAGCAACAACAGCCUAACUUGUGUGAGGCCAUUAGAGGGGAGUGUGAUCCGGCAGAGGUUGUACAAUCGGUGUACGAAGGUUGUGGCAUCGAACAACUGGCAAAUCUUUUGAGCUUAUCUGACCAGACUCCGGAUUUAAAACCGCAAAAUACAUCGUCUAACAGUGUUUCCUCAAAACAAUACAAUCGGUUCAAUGGUAAGGCACAUGGUAUGCCGAAUAUAUCCACAAGCGUAUCUGAUGCUAUCGUAUUGGAUGAGAGUCCCUCAGAAUCGCCACAUGAGGCUUUAGGUUCAUCCAGUACGACACCAACUAAAUGCAUGCAGAUCAACCUAUCGAACAUUGAAUCGACACAGGAUAGUAUGGCGCACAGUGUGACUCACAUUUCAUUCAGUGGGUCUCCGAUCGACAUUGUUUCUGUCGUGGAGCUAAACCACGGUCCCGAAAUUCUCGUGCCACCUGAUAAUGAGUUGACAGCCCGACCAGUCCUUGUAAAAACGUUUGUUGAUGGAAGCCAUCGAUUUGGGUCACCUUCAAAAUCCGGGACCAUUGCAAACAGGGAAUCACACAGUUCUCCAAUGAGCGGUUCUUCCAAAAAAUUAUCCCAUUGUCGUAGUCCAUUGAAUAUUGCUGCCGCACUCACGGAAAUACAAAGUUGCGGAGACACAUGUGACCUCAAAAACUGUCAUAGUGUCCCAUACCACCGAGAUGUACCUGUCCCCGGCACCCCUCCCUCCGUUUCGUCAGAGCCAAUGGUGGGAGUAUCACUUGAUGCAACACAUUGUAGCUCUGACAUAUCGCUUACUUUUGAACAUGUUUCCCAAACUCCUGAUCAGAAAAUACUAGCAGUGGAAACAUCGAUGUCAGAUGAGUUGACUCCUGAAGUGAUCGAACAGUUAAAAUUCGGACCGAUUGAUCGUUCAGCUGCAUCAACAGAAUCAAAGACCACAGCUGCCGGGAAUUUGUCACCAAGUUUAACAAAUAAGAAUAGCGUAAAUCCUCCUUUUUCCGAAAAUGAAGAUUCAAAGCAGCAUCAUGGAAGUGUCGAAAAACUCGGCCUUCCUACGGAGUUGCAUUCUUCUCACGCACGCGCGAAGUGUAAUAGUCCAAAUAUCCGAUCUCCCCAGUUGUCCUGCAAACUAAAGACAACAUCGAUAUUCCCUGACAUGACUUCCCCAGGUUCCGACGAACUAUCGCCCACAAUGGAUUCAAACGCCAAACGGUGUCACACUCCCGCAGCGGGUGAUGGGUUAAACGAUGCCAUCUUGGUUUUCCCGACCAUCAAUGACACUUCCGGAUCGGCCACGCCAAUCAAGUGCGGUAGAAGCUCAUCUAACAUGAAUUCCCCUAAAAUUUCACAGUCGGUGCGAGUAACCAAGGUGUCUUUAGUUAAUUCAGCAACAUCAGAUACCACAACUAGCUCUCCGUUGUUGAAUUCCCCUCCCGUGGCACACAACUUGUCGAUAGAAAACUCGUCUACAGAUAAAAGUAGCAAAGCAUCGAUUUCAAAUGAGACGUGCACAGCUUCUGAGACUCCAAGCAGCUCUACGAAGCGAAACAGCAGGUCCAUUGCAUCCAACGAAUCGCAGCAAAUGAGUUCACUCAGUGGUCGAAAUGCGACUCCCACAAGUGUACAGAAAAACACUAACCGCUCAGGUAAAUGGAUACACUUGAAAUCUAUGGGAUUGCUUUCAGAUUCCUCGAAGAAGAACUCGACACCUCAACCAUCCACAAGCAGAUCUCUUCCAGGGUCAACACGAGAAUCAACACCGAGCACAAGACGAUCUUCUCGAUUGAGAAGCUCUUUGGAAGAGGCGAAAGACGUUAUUUCUAGUCAGAUGAAUGAGAUUGACAUUGAUGGCAAACACGAUACAUCCGGUCUAGUUGACGCGACACAGCUCCUAUCGACUGUAGCUGUAGAUCCUCAACCACAUCCACUUUCCUCUAUUCAUAAUUCAACGGAAUCACUAGUUCGGGACAAAGUUGAUGGCCGUAUGGACACAGGCGUAUCUGAUGCUAUCGUAUUGGAUGAGAGUCCCUCAGAAUCGCCACAUGAGGCUUUAGGUUCAUCCAGUACGACACCAUCUAAACAUUCAGACAGUGAGGGCUCAACAAAAAGCAUGCAAAUCAACCUAUCGAACAUUGAAUCGACACAGGAUAGUAUGGCGCACAGUGUGACUCACAUUUCAUCCAGUGGGUCUUCGUUCGACAUUGUUUCUGUCGUGGAGCUAAACCACGGUCCCGAAAUUCUCGUGCCACCUGAUAGUGAGUUGACAGCACGACCAGUCCUUGUAAAAACGUUUGUUGAUGGAAGCCAUCGAUUUGGGUCACCUUCAAAAUCCGGGACCAAUGCAGACAGGAAGUCGCAUACUUCUCCAGUGAGUGGAUUGCCCAAAAAAUCGCUUCAAUGUCGUAGUCCAGUGAAUUCACUGAAUUCGCUUAAUAAACGUCUAGUUCUUGGGAGCGGUCUAGAAGUACAAAGUCCUCGCAGAGUUUUACGUUCUUCGGCAAAUGAGAAGAACAGUGAUUCAUCGGGCGUAUCUCCCAGUUUGCUGGACGAUAUUUUGCCUGUCCGUGAGCCGUAUUCGCUUCGUGAGCGUCGCAUCCGAAAACAAAACGAUUAG